UGGAUCCAUGGCGACCCCAGGAAGGUGGUCUACCCCACCGACAGCCACGGACAGUUCUGUGGACAGCAGGGGACCCCCAACACGUAAGUAGAAAGAAAGACCACUAUCUGUGUUUGGAAAAAAAUGUAUUGUAUCUACUAUGGAUAGGUAUAGUACUAUAUGGCUAGCAUUCGCAUUGCACUUUGGACAGGUGUGGCUUCACAUUAAUAUCAUCAAAAAAUGUCUGCACUUGGAAGAGAUUGUAUGCAGCCUGGGAGGUGUGUCAGCUUAAACACCUCCAAUACAGCAGGAACAACGUGCAAAAAAUCAUACUGCUGAGAAACUGCUUUUCUCUACGAUUAAUAUCCGGCUUCAGUAUAUGUCAGUUGUAUUAGUCUGUAAUAUUUUUAAAAUAGUUUAUUUUAAGCUACCCUUCUAGGUACAGCAGGGCUCUCCAACCCUGUUCCUGGAGAGCUACCGUCCUGUAGGUUUUCACUCCAACCCUAAUCUAGCACACAUGAUUCUAAUAAUUAUCAGGUUGAGAAGGUGAAUCAGGUUAGUUACAACUGGGGUUAGAGCGAAAACCUGCGGGAGGGUAGCUCUCCAGGAACAGGGUUGGAGAGCCCUGGUGUAAACCUACAGGAAGGUAGCUCUCCAGGAACAGGGUUGGAGCGAAAACCUGCAAGAGGGUGUGGCUCCCGUGUGGCUCAGUUGGUAGAGCAUGGCGCUUGCAACACCAGGGUUGUGGGUUCGAUUCCCAUGGGGGACCAGUACGAAAAAUAAGUACAAAAAUGUAUUCACUCACGGCUGUAAAUCGCUCUGGAUAAGAGUGUCUGCUAAAUGACUAAAAUGUGAAAAAUGUAAAGGAGGGUAGCUCUCCAGGAACAGGGUUGGAGCAAAAACCUGCAGGAGGGUAGCUCUCUAGGAACAGGGUUGGAGAGCUCUGCUUUACAGUAAUCCCCCUUUUGUUUAUAUAGGGCUUUGCUCGGCAUGUAUGAAAAGUGCUUUAUAAAGUAGCAUUAACCACCACCACAAGGCUUCCCUGUACCCUGUGUGUUUACACUGUGGGAUAAUAGCCUCUGUUUGACAGGCAGCUCAAUCUGCCAUUAGUUUCAAGACAACAUUUGUUCUCAGCGUUUUCUAAUAAAACUGUUAUUUUCUAUGUGUUGGGAAAACUAAUGACUAUUCUCUCCAUGUCGCUGUGGUUACAGCAACAAAGCCAUAUUAUUAUACUUCAACAUAUUGCAAUGUGCCAAUCCUGCCGUUCUUAUUAACCUCCAGUGCCCUACAACCCAGGUAAGAGCUGCCUCUUUACGCGUCACACAUUAUGCUCUUAUGUCCCCGCUCAUUUUGUCUCGCUUGAUUAUACAAGGUCAGUGUUCUCUGUUGUUAAGCGUUGAUGAAUGUUUGGCUCUACCUCUGUUUUCCCAGCUCUGUGUCUCCAAGUGCCCAGACAGAUUCGCCACAUACCUAGACAUGCAGUACAACUACAGGUACAACAACAGCUACUGGGAGUAUUACAGGCAGUUCUGCAAGCCGGGCUUCGACAAUCCUAGAAAGGUACCGAGACCUGAUGCCUCCAGUCCCUUAUGGCUUCACUUAUCAAGUCCUUGAGUGUUCUGAACUGAUGUAAUCUGUAGUGGUUAUCCAUCUAUAAGUCAGUAGCGACCAAGACUCUUCCUCUUCCGGAAUGGCAAUGUUAUUGGAAUCAGUUAGUCAUUUAGUUGCUGCAAUUGGAAUAUAUCUUGUUGUACAGUAAUGAUAUGGAAAAACACAUGCCAUGAUAUUGCUUUAUAAGUACGAGAGAGAGAGAGAGAGAGAGAGAGAGAGAGAGAGAGAAGAGAGAGAGAGAGAGAGAGAGAUAGAGAGAGAGAGAGAGAGAGCAAGAUAGAGAUAGAGAGAGCGAGAGAGAGAGAGUAGAUUCUAGAGAGAAUCGCAAUAAUAGCUCGCCUCUUCUCGCUCUCUCACUCCUCUCUCUCCUUCGCUCUCUUCUCUCUGCUCUCUCUCUCGCCUCCCUCGUAUCUCUCUCUUCUCUCUCUCUCCGCCUCCCUCGCUUACCCUACUCCCCCCACUACCAAAUGACUCAGGAAGGGUUCCCUACCAGUCUGUAAUGUAUGACAGUCUUCUGUUAUGUACCUAUUCAACUCAGCCAAACGCCCACUCUCCUCAUGCUCCUUUUGGAUAAUGGCAAACUCAUAGGAUGUCUUACCAGUCAUCCUAACCUAUGAGUUGGUAUAAAAACUAAACUCUGAGGAUUUGACGUCACUGAAUGUGCAUUGUUUGACGUCUUCUUCCUCUCUUGUCUCCCUUUAGUCAGUUGCACACGUGUUGAGAGAUGAAGACUGCCCAUCUAUGAUAGUGCCAAGCAGACCUUGUAAGUUAAUCCAGGUUCUACACAUAGCUCCUUCACUAUGGUUAUGAUGACCUAAGAUUCAGACUGUCUAUUCUAAGACAAGAUUCUGUGGGAGGGGAGCGUUAUGUGUCAGGGGUUGGGAAAGGGAAAGCGAUACAUAUCAACAGUGUAUGACAUUUAAACAUUAUUCUUAGCCAUUAAAUAUUUCUUUGUGUGUUUCAGUCCUUCAGAGGUGCUUCCCUGACUUCAUCACCAGGAACGGGACGCUAACUGUCGCCAACAAGACAGACUUCAAAGACGGGUUAGGUAAAACGAGGAGCGUGAUCGAUCUCAGGGACGCUGCCAAGUAAGUCCUGCUCUGCUCAACGUCCCUUUGUUGUAGUCGAAAUGUUGUCGAGGCUGUUUGGUGGAAAAACACACCACUGGAUUAUGUGGAUUUUAGAAUAUUCACAUGAACAUCUGUCGCCAAUUGGAUGGAAACCUAGCUAUUGCCAUCUAUUUAUUGUGUCUAUUUAUGGACUGGUAGGCUACCAUACAAAUUAAAUCAGGCUUACUGCCAAUGUAAUUCAUAGCCAAUUGAAUUCAAGUAAACCAAGACUGCAACAAAAUUAACAUAUUUAGCUACUUUCUGUUUAUUAAUUAUAUAUCCAGUGCAUUCGGAAAGUAUUCAGACCCCUUGACUUUUUCCACAUUUUGUUACGUUACAGCCUUAUUCUAAAAUGGAUUAAACUGUUUUUUGUCCCUCAUCAAUCUACACACAAUACCCCAUAAUGACAAAGCAAAAACAGGUUUUUAGAGUUUUUUGCAAAUGUCAAAAAAUAAAAUAAAUGAUAUCACAUUUACAUAAAUAUUCAGACCCUUUACUCAGUACUUUGUUGAAGCACCUUUGGCAGCGAUUACAGCCUUGAGUCUUCUUGGGUAUGACACUACAAACUUGGCACACCUGUAUUUAGGGAGUUUCUCCCAUUCUUCUUUGUCCAAUCAAUUGAAUUUACUACAGGUGGACUACAAUCAAGUUGUAGAAACAUCUCAAAGAUGAUCAAUGGGAACAGGAUGCACCUGAGCUCAAUUUCGAGUCUCAUAGCAAAGUGUCUGAAUACUUAUGUAAAUAAGGUAUUUCUGUUUUUUAUUUUUAAUACAUUUGCUAAAAUUUCUAAAAACCUGUUUUCACUUUGUCAUUAUGGGUUAUUGUGUGUAGAUUGAUGAGGAAAAUAAAUAAUGUAAUCUGUUUUAGAAUAAGGAUGUAACGUAACAAAAUGUGGAAAUAGUCAAGGGGUCUGAAUACUUUCCGAAGGCAUAUAUAACAGGACAAUUAGAAAUGCCAGAUGGGUUCAUUUAUUUUACUUGAUCACUAUUAAAUCAGAAUAAUUAGAGACUGCUCUUCUCGACCAUUGAUGGCCUGUUAAUCCUACCCCCGCAAAACUACAGUAUGUGAACUUUCCUCCACAUCUAAAUGUGAUGAGUUUGCGGAAUAUUUCAGAACAUUAGGCUGGGUAUCAGUCAAGCAAGACCUGAUGAGAAGUUUGAUAUGUGCCUUAGCCUACUACGCAAAGGCACUAUGGAUUUAUUUUCCCUGGUUGACACAGACAUGCUCAGGAAAGUGAUAUCACAAUUUAAGCCCUCUUGAUCCUAUCCCCACCACCUUCUACAAAACAGUUUUUAAUUGCAUAUCUGAAGAAGUGCAGGCUAUUGUUAAUCACUCCCUGUUUACAGGCACUUUCCCCACUGCACUAAAAACUGCUAUUGUGAAACCCCUUCUGAAGAAAGGUAAUCUAGAUUCUUCAGCUUUUAGCAAUUUUCGGCCAAUCUCCAACCUUACUUUAUUAAGCAAAAUUCUGGAGAAAUUGGUGUUCAAACAGCUAAAAUAUUUUUUUAGUGCCAACUGUAUAUUAGAAAAAUUCCAAUCUGGUUUUCGUGCCCACCACAGCACAGAGACAGCCUUAGUUAACGUGGUAAAUGAUCUUAGAGCCAACACAGAUGCCAAGCAGCUCUCUGUCCUUGUACUCUUAGAUUUUAACAUUUACAUUACAUUACAUUUACGUCAUUUAGCAGACGCUCUUAUCCAGAGCGACUUACAAAUUGGUGCAUUAACCUUAUGAUAGCCAGUGGGACAACCAUUUUAAAAAAUUUUUAAAAUAUAUUUUUAUACUUUAAAAAAAAAAAAUUACAGUAUAUUUUUAAUUUUCAUUUGUUUUAUAUAUAUAUAUAUAUAUAUAUAUUUUUUUUUUAAAAGUUCUGCAUUCAACACUGUUGACCAUGAUGUCCUUCUGGACAGACUGGAGAGGUGGGUUGGCCUCUCCGGUCCAGUUCUAAAUUGGUUUAGGACCUGUUUAACCUGUCAAUAGUUUUUUGUCAUCAUUGGUGAACAUAACUCAGAGAAAAUACAGUGAGGGAAAAAAGUAUUUGAUCCCCUGCUGAUUUUGUACGUUUGCCCACUGACAAAGAAAUGAUCAGUCUAUCAUUUUAAUGGUAGGUUUAUUUGAACAGUGAGAGACAGAAUAACAACAAAAAAAUUCAGAAAAACACAUGUCAAAAAUGUUAUAAAUUGAUUUGCAUAUUAAUUAGGGAAAUAAGUAUUGCACUGGCUGCCUGUGAGUUUAAUAAUUACUUUUAAGAUUCUUCUAUUGGUUUUUAAAUCAAUCCACAAUUGUGCACCCCAAUACAUGUCAGACAUGCUUUUAAGUUAUGUACCCAGUAAGUCCCUCAGGUCCUCUGGCACUGUCCUUUUAACUAUCCCAAAGCCUAGGACCAAGAGGCAUGGAGAGGCAGCCUUUAGUUACUAUGCCCCCAGCCUGUGGAAUAGCCUGCCAGAGAACCUGAGGGGGGCCGAAACUGUGGAUAUAUUUAAAAUAGUUUAAAACACUUAAAACAAUAUUUUUAGCUUUGCAUUUCCUCAGGGUACUUUUUAGUUGUUCAGUUUGUGUCAUUAUUUUGUCUUUUAACUUAUGUUUGUUGUGUAGUAAAUAUUUCAGCUUUUAUUUUCAUUGUUUUUUCAUUGUUUUUUUCUGUAAAUCACAUUGCGUUGCAUUCCAUGUCUGAAAUGUGCUGUAUAUAUAAAGCUUGAUUUGAUUUGAUAGUUGGAAUUUCUGUCCAAGUAAGUCCUGCUCUCCUCAACGUCCCUUUGUUGUCGUGGAAAUCCUGUCGAGGCCGAGGGAGACUGUUGUGUAAGUGCAAGACCUAUUACGGGUGGUGGUAUCACAUGGUUGAAUAUUUUUGACCAGCAGACCCGAAAGAUUAACGCUGCACAAAUCUGUUCACUGAGGCAUCAUUGAUGUUUUGGAUCACAUUCCAAUGAUAAAACUGGGGGGACAAGAAUGUGUCCCACCAGUCCACAGUGAAAGUUGCGCCCCUGAUUGAAACUAUUAUAUUGUCAUAGGGAUUCCACCCUUGAACCCAGAGUCAACUGGACAGCUAUUGUAGGGUAGGAAAACUGGGCGAUGAGACUCAUGCCCAGUAGCGUGUGGAGUGUGGAUCAUUCAUGCACAUUGAAAGCCAUCUAUGCAUGUCUGCAUGAAAAUACAACGUAUGCUGUAGCUUCAGAGUACUACAGUUAAGUGACUUUCUUCAUGCUUAUGCAUGUCAGUCUAUAAAACGUUCAAUACGUUUGGAUUAACUGGUGGGACUGAUUUAGAGGAGCAAUUAAGACAGAUGCAGGGUCUUGAUAGUUCUGUGUCAAUGAGUUGCCAUCAUUAGUGCAUCAAAUUCCAUGGUUGCAGUGAUUUAAUCCCGUUUGCCUUUGAAACAAGGAAUUGAUGACCAGUUUAAUGCUUUUCCUUCAUUGCCAAGUUAUCGCCAUGCAGCAAGGAGUGGAAAGGUCUCAAACUAAUUACAGUAUUUCAACCUUAACCGUGACCUUCUGUAGCCCCAAGUUCACUUUCUGCAAACUAACCUGGGCUCCCGAGUGGCGCAGCGGUCUAAGGCACUGCAUCUCAGUGCUUGAGGCGUCACUACAGACCCCCUGGUUCGAUUCCAGGCUGUAUCACAACCGGCCGUGAUUGGGAGUCCCAUAGGGCAGCGCACAAUUGGCCCAGUGUCACGUCACCCCCUGGCUUUCAUCAAUGUGUUCCUUCUUUCUUAUCAUAAUGUUUGCAAAUAUUUCAUUUAGUAAAACUGGAUAAGAGCACCCUCAGCGUCAGAUUAGUGCAGUAAUUAGCGUUAUUACCACAGUAAUUACCACAAGUUAUAUAUAGCUCUUAGGCCUACCUCUGACUUUCAUAGACUAUCUGAACACAAAUGGAGUUUCAUAGCUGAAAAUGAAGGUGGCACUUAUGUCCUUGUCAUGAGGUGAAACUGUUUUGAAGACAGUUUCUGACAGUGUGUUCUUUGCUUCUGACAGAGCAGGGAUGAUGUCCUCUAGCCUAUCCCUCCCUCAGAGUCUCUGAACCAGAAAUAUUUAUCUCCGAGCCUGAAGGCACCAGACUCAGUGGCACUUACUUUGUCUGCUGUCCUUCUGCCUUGAUAUUAUGACUGCUCUAUUGAUAUCCUUAUUGUUGACUAGUCGUCUAAUGUCAUCUGCAUUGUUUUGACUGGUAUGCUAUUGUUUUGACUGGUAUGCUAUUGUUUUGACAGGUGUAAUGCUAUUAUUUUGACAGGUGUAAUGCUAUUGUUUUGACAGGUGUAAUGCUAUUGUUUUGACAGGUUUAAUGCUAUUGUUUUGACAGGUUUAAUGUUUUUGUUAUGACAGGUGUAAUGAUAUUGUUUUGGCUGGUAUGCUGCUGUUAUGACAGGUGUAAUGCUGUCUUUCAUCUCACCCAAACGUUAAACUUUGUAUGACCUCAGCCACUGUUGUUAAGGGUGACAGCUCCUCCAUUUCCCAUUUUAAAAAUUACAGCAAUUUUAAAGGCCAGUUUUUGUAAUCUCUCAUCUUUUCGCCUGGUGGUGAACCACUCAGGCAUGGCUGGGCUCAUCUCACCCUCACAUGUGAUUUGUCCACCCCAGUGCCUUUCCCAUAUUUCCCCCUGAAUGUCAAGCACUUCAACAAGCUGUCCAAGGACAGAGCAUUUCAGGCCAAUUACACUUCCUACCACCAAACACUUCAACAUAGCAUCUAUUAUUUUGCUUUCGACUGGAGGUUUGGCCAAACUCCAUCUGUUAAAGCCAGGUCUGUGGAACGCAUUAGACACAUUAGCACGGCACUUAUGGUUUAAUUAGUACUAAUGACUGAGAUCAGUGACUCCUUUUUCGUAACGACAAAAUUACUUAAGUAAAUUGUAUUAUGUGCUAUUAUAGAGAUUUUUAUAGAAAUAUGAUGGUCUAGAUUAAAUGAACGCCUAGAGUGAGCAGAUAGAGUGAGCAGACAGAGGUUGGUGCUCGACUCAGAAGGUAAUCUGCACAGCUUCAGAGGAAGGUUGGUUCUAGUCUCAUGCUACUGCUGUCCACCAGUCCUUUAGAGGCUGAUAAUCUAGUGAGCAGAAGCAUUGGGGAAUACAGUGUAUUCGGAAUGAAUUCAGACCCCUAGACUUUUUCCACAUUUUAUGUUACAGCCUUAUUCUAAAAUGGAUUAAAUUGUUGUUGUUUUUUCCCUCAUCAAUCAUCACACAAUACCCCAUAAAGACAAUGCAAAAAUUUUUGCUAAUUUAAUAAUAAUAAAAAUAACAUAUUCAGACCCUUUACUCAGUACUUUGUUGAAGCACCUUUGGCAGCAAUUACAGCCUCGAGUCUUCUUAGGUAUGACGCUACAAGCUUGGCACACCUGUAUUUGGGGAGUUUCUUCCAUUCUUCUCUGCAGACCCUCUCAAGCUCUGUCAGGUUGGAUGGGGAGCGUCGCUGCACAGCUAAUUUUCAGGUCUCUCCAGAGAUGUUUGAUCGGGUUAAAGUCCGGGCUUUGGCUGGGCCACUCAAUGACAUUCAGAGACUGGUCCCUAAGCCACUCCUGCGUUUUCUUGGCUGUGUGCUUAGGGUUGUUGUCCUGUUUGAAGGUGAACCUUCACCCUGACUGAGGUCCUGAGCGCUCUGGAGCAGAUUUUCAUCAAGGACCUCUCUGUACUUUCCUCCGUUCACCUUUCCCUCCAUCCUGACUAGUUUCCCAGUCCCUGCUGCUGAAAAACAUAUCCACAGCAUGAUGCUGCCACCACCAUGCUUCUCCAUAGGGAUGGUGCCAGGUUUCCUCCAGACGUGACGCUUGGCAUUCAGGCCAAAUAGUUCAGUCUUGGUUUCAUCAGACCAGAGAAUCUUGUUUCUCAUGGUCUGAGAGUCCUUUAACUCCAAGUGGGCUGUCAUGUGCCUUUUACUGAGGAGUGGCUUCCGUCUGGCCACUCUACAAUAAAGGCCUGAUUGGUGGAGUGCUGCAGAGAUGGUUGUCCUUCUGGAAGGUUCUCCCAUCUCCACAGAGGAACUGUGGAGCUCUGUCAGAGUGACCAUCGUGUUCUUGGUCACCUCCCUGAUCAGGAUUCUUCUCCCCCAAUUGCUCAGUUUGGCCAGGCGUCCAGCACAGUUUAGAGUAUUUUUAAUACAUUUUCAUACAUUUCUUUCUAUCAAACCUGUUUUCGCUUUGUCAUUAUGGGGUAUUGUGUAGAUUGAUAAAAAAAAAAAAUAAACCACUUCCAUUAUAGAAUAAGGCUGUAACGUGAUAACAUUUGGAAAAAGUCAAGGGGUCUUAAUACUUUCCAAAUGCACUGUACCUUGGUUCAGAUAUCUACUACUUAAUUUAUGAACAAUAUAACUUGUGUUUAAUGUUGUCAGUUUACCAAUGCAAUAAUGAGGAAUCACAAAGCCAGUUACAGUGGGUCUACAGUGGAUAUCUGAUCCAAGUAUGUGAUUUUUGCUAUCACCUCUUUCUCCAGCUUGUACAUUGAACCGUUACCAUACCCUGCUUGUUCAUGUCGUUUUGACAGAAAGAGAUGCAAGGAAUAAUUAAUAAUCCAGACCCAUUUGUAUGUCUUUGUCCUGUUCUAAUCAGAAGAUGCAUUGUUGUAGAGUAGUAACCUGCUGCUUCCUAGCACUUUGAUAACGCUGAUGUUGACUUGUGACAUUUUAUAAGGGAGGCCUGCCUACAACCUGUACUGUCUCCCAGGGUUGUACAGCCCCCUCAUAAGCUGUGUGUACAAGCGAGUCACUGUAACACAACACAGGUCAGUAUAGGCCAAUGUUUCUCCCUCUCAGUGGACAUGUUUCCCCCUCUCUCUCUUUCUCCCUUCAUCUCCAUCUCUCUCUCUCUUUCUAUCUACCUUUUUUUUUUUUACCCACAAUUCUCCUUACCCCACUAUCUAUCCCACUCCCAUUCUUCCUCUGUCACAGUGGCAUUACCAGUCUGCUAGAUGCCAAGGAGGUUGGCAUGAAGAUCUUUGAGGAUUACGCCAGCUCCUGGUACUGGAUUUUAAUGUAAGACACGCAUUUCUGUGCGUCUGUUUGCCUGUGAGGGAGUGCGUGUGUGUGUGCCAUAUGUGUGUUUUACUGUGGUUUUCACUCUGACAUAAAGGUGUGUUUGUGUGUUUCUAGAGGUCUGGUGAUAACCAUGGUGGUCAGCCUGGCUUUUAUCCUGCUGCUACGGUUCACAGCCGGAGUUCUCCUGUGGCUCAUCAUCUUUGGAGUCAUCGCUGUGGUGGGCUAUGGUUAGUAAUACAAUACAAUACAGUACACUCUCUGCUGCUACUCUCUGUUUAUUAUCUAUGCAUAGUCACUUUACCUCUACCUACAUGUACAUAUUACCUCAAUUACCUUGACUAACCUGUGCCCCCGCACAUUGACUCUGUACCGGUACCCCCUGUAUAUAGCCUCACUACUGUUAUUUUACUGCUGCUCUUUAAUUAUUAUUAUUUUUUUAUAUAUUUUUUUUUUACUGAUCUAUUUUUUACUUAACACUUAUUUUUCUUAAAAUCUGCAUUGUUGGUUAAGGGCUCGUAAGUAAGCAUUUCACUGUAAGGUCUACACCUGUUGUAUUCGGCGCAUGUGACAAAUAACAUUCAAUUUGAUUUGAUUUAAUCAACAGCAACUUUAGCUUCAGUAAAAGAGCCUAAUGCCGUCUUUAGUCUGAGUACAGUACCCACACUCCACCAGCCCAUACUGUACUUAAGGUAAACAUACCGCUAAUGUAUAUAGAUUUGUGGGAGACAGUGUCCACAUCUUUUAACAUCCAACUGUCACCAACACCUCUGUUGUCAUAGCAAACCAAAUGUAGCAGAUAUACAGGAACUGUAUCGUAACUUCUCACAUCUCUCUCUUUUCUCUCCUCUCUCUCUUCUCUCUCUCUCUGCCUCUCUCUUUCUCUUCUCUCUCUUUCUCUCUCUCUCUAUCGCUCUCUCUCUCAGGGAUCUGGCACUGCUACUGGGAGUUCAGUACACUGAGAGGGAAUCCACACAGUGAUGGUGAUGUAGCCAUCUCUGACAUGGGCUUUCAGACGGACUUCAGGGUUUACCUGCAGCUCAGUCAGACCUGGCUCAUCUUGAGUGAGUGACCAUAUCCACUACCCCCUAUUAGCUCAGUCAGACCUGGCUCACCUUGAGUGAGUGACCAUAUCCACUACCCCCUAUUAGCUCAGUCAGACCUGGCUCAUCUUGAGUGAGUGACCAUAUCCACUACCCCCUAUUAGCUCAGUCAGACCUGGCUCAUCUUGAGUGAGUGACCAUAUCCACUACCCCCUAUUAGCUCAGUCAGACCUGGCUCAUCUUGAGUGAGUGACCAUAUCCGCUACCCCCUAUUAGCUCAGUCAGACCUGGCUCAUCUUGAGUGAGUGACCAUAUCCACUACCCCCUAUUAGCUCAGUCAGACCUGGCUCAUCUUGAGUGAGUGACCAUAUCCGCUACCCCCUAUUAGCUCAGUCAGACCUGGCUCACCUUCAGUGAGUGACCAUAUCCACUACCCCCUAUUAGCUCAGUCAGACCUGGCUCAUCUUGAGUGAGUGACCAUAUCCACUACCCCCUAUUAGCUCAGUCAGACCUGGCUCACCUUCAGUGAAUGACAAUUCACUGCCCCCCUAUUUAAGCACAGGUGAUACCAGCCUAGCGCAAGGCUGCCACAACUCAGUUGGUGCAGAGUCUCUAAGUUGCUAGGGGAAGCAGUUUGGUGCCAGACAUGUCUGCUGGUUUUCUUCUUAUUUGUCAAUCAGCAAAAUAAUUAGAGCUGGGAAACCAUUGGGUUUCCUGUUAACUGUAUUUUAUUUAUUUAUUUUAUUUAACCUUUACUUUAUCAGGGAGUCAUACUGAGACCAAUAUCUAUUUUACAGAUGAGCCCUGAAUUUACAUAGAAUACACACAUCAAAAUAUAAAUACAAAAUGAAACCUGAUAUUGUUUAAAUGAAUUGGACAAACCCCAGGAGACGCUGUGGCCUGAGAGGAUCGAUUUUUGUCCACCUCUGCUGUAAAGGAAUAUAGAUGUUUCUACUCAAUAGUAAUCAUUUGUAUUGCAGUGAUCUCCCUAUCAGUGAUUGAGGCAGUCAUCAUAGUAAUCCUGAUAUUCCUGAGGAGGAGAGUAUGCAUCGCCAUCGCUCUGCUGAAGGAGGGGAGCAGGUGAGUGGCAGUCUUCUGUCAGGAGAGUAAGUCUGACCUCUUGUUGUGUCACUUCGAAUGAACCCAGCGUCUGUGAGCUCGGUGUUGGAACAUGAACCAAACUUUUAACUAUUAUUUUUUCACACUUUCUCUCCCCUCUCUUUCUCUCUCUUUUCUCCAGGGCCAUUGGUUACAUCAUGUCCACUCUCUUCUACCCGAUCAUCACUUUUGUGCUGCUGUCCAUCUGCAUAGCAUACUGGGCAGUCGUCGCUGUGUAUCCUCUCUAUGUUGGUUUUCUCAGCCUCGUCCUCACUGUGUGUGGACACUUUACCCAUUGUAGCUACACAUGUGAAGCAUCCUGAACUGUCAUCAAUGGCAUCAUAGAGAUAAAGACUGGAAUUGAAUUGAACCUGAUGAAACUGCUGAACCCUUAGUGGAAAUCCCAAUGUAGAUGGCUCAUAGGCAGGCACACAUUUUGUUACUUAUCACUGCUUCCAUUCUUCUGUGUUGCCCUUGACUGGUUUUGCCCUCAGCUUCUUAGCGUCAUCUGGCGAUGCUGUCUACAAGGUCAUGUCGACGCAGGACAAAUGCAUGUAUGCCAACCUCACCUGUGAUCCAGAGGUUGGCUUUUCUCUCUACUGUCUUCCUCAUUGUCACGUUGACGUUAUUGCUGUAUUGCAAACUCCUAGAAUACUGUAUGUUAUUGGCCUUGAAACCCUGAGUUAGAGCAGCUUAAUGAAAUUCUGCUCAGUGUGCUUGGCAGCAGUACACAUCAUACAGCUUUGAAUAGCUAGCCAGUGACAACAUCUGUGAACUCUGGCUACAUUUGGUCUUUCAUGACUAAUUAAAUCUGAAAUGGUACCCUAUUCCCAAUAUGGAGAAUAGGGUACCAUAGUAAACUCUGGCCAGAGGUAAUGCACUGUAUAGGGAAUAGGGUGCCAUUUCCUUCUAACCCAAUAACUUUCCACUCUCUCUCCCCAGACGUUCAGUCAGACCAACGUGACCACGGUGUGCCCGGGCUCCCAGUGCACCUUUGCCUUCUACGGCGGCGAGAGCCUCUACCACCACUACAUCUUUGUGCUGCAGCUGUGCAACCUGCUGGUGUUCCUGUGGCUGGUCAACUUCACCAUCGCCCUGGGACAGUGCACCCUGGCUGGGGCCUUCGCUUCCUACUACUGGGCCCUGAAGAAGCCCCAAGAUAUACCAUCAUGCCCCCUGUUCUCCUCCUUUAGCAGGGCUGUACGGUAGGCUGACUCAGUCAUAUGGGGUUUUAACGCAUAGGGAAGAUGACGAUGGUGUUGAGUUGUACACUGAACAAAAAUAUAAACGUAACAUGAAAAGUGUUGGUCCCAUGUUUCAUGAGCUGAAAUAAAAGAUCCCAGAUAUGUUCCAUACGCACAAAAAGUGUAUUUAUCUCGAAUUUUGUGCAUACAUUUGUUUACAUCCCUGUUAGUGAGCAUUUCUCGUUUGCUAAAAUAAUCCAUCCACCUGACAGGUGUGGCAUAUCAUUAAGCUGAUUAAACAGCAUGAUAAAGCACGAUAAAAGGCCACUCUAAAAUGUGCAGUUUUGUCACACAACACAAUGCCACAGAUGUCUCAAGUUUUGAGGGAGCGUAUUGGCAUGCUGACUGCAGGAAUGUCCACCAGAGCUGUUGCCAGAGAAUUGAAUGUUCAUUUCUCUACCUUAAGCUGCCUCCAACGUGAAUUUGAAUUUGGCAGUACGUCCAACUGGCCUCACAACCGCAGGACCACUGUAUGGCGUUUGUUGGGUAGCGGUUUGUUGAUGUCACGUUGUGAACAGAGUGCCCCAUUUACAUUACAUUUAGUAUUUAGCAGACGCUCUUAUCCAGAGCGACUUACAGGAGCAAUUAGGGUUAAGUGCCUUGCUCAAGGGCACAUCGACAGAUUUUCACCUAGUCGCUCGGGGAUUAGAACCAGCGACCUUCGUUACUGGCACAGCUCAUAACCACUAAGCUACUGCGCCCCAUGUGGCGGUGGUGUUAAGUAUGGCAGGCAUAAGCUACAGACACGAACACAAUUGCAUUUUAUCGGUGCAAUUUGAAUGCACAGAGAUACCGUGACGAGGUCCGAGGCCAUUAUCGUGCUAUUCAUCCGCCGCCAUCACCUCAUGUUUCAGCAUGGUUAUGCACUGCCCAGUCGCACGAUCUGUCAACCAUUCCUGGAAGUGAAAAUGUCCCAGUUCUUCCAUGCCCUGCAUACUCACCAGACAUGUCACCCAUUGAGCAUGUUUGGGAUGCUCUGGAUCGAUGUGUACGACAGCGUGUUCCAGUUCCCGCCAAUAUCCAGCGACUUCACACAGCCAUUGAAGUGGUGUAGGAUAACAUUCCACAGGCCACAAUCAACAGCCUGAUCAACUCUAUGCGAAGGAGAUGUGUCGCGCUGCAUGAGGCAAAUGGUGUUCACACCAAAUACUGACUGGAUUUCUGAUCCACGCCCCUGCCUUUUUUUAAGGUAUCUGUGACCAACAGAUGCAUAUCUGUAUUCCCAGUCAUGUGAAAUCCAUAGAUUAGGGCCUAAUUUAUUUAUUUCAAUUGACUGAUUUCCUCAGUAAAAUCUUUGAAAUUGUUGCAUAUUGCAUUUGUAUUUUUGUUCAAUAUAGUUUAUAAUGGCACAUCUUGCUUGGAGAGUAAUCAUAGUACUGCACUAUAAAGCUAUUUCAGAUUCUCCAUUAAGCAUGCCUUUAAGUCCAGGACUAGACAUAAUCUGUGUCCAGGAAACUGGUCCUAAGUGUGUUGUGGUGUUUACACCAAUGAUGGGAAGGGGGAAGUGUGUGUGUGUGUAUAGUGGAUGUAUAAGCUAUAUUUUUAAUUGGUAAUACAGUGUAUUAUGUAUCUCCCAGGUACCACACAGGCUCUCUGGCGUUUGGCUCUCUGAUCCUGGCCUUAGUGCAGAUGUUCCGCAUCGUUCUAGAGUAUCUGGAUCACAAACUCAAAGGUGGGUUUUCUGCUCGUACUAAACCCACUGGCUUUUAUAUGUUUAUGUACAGUACUGUAUAUUUAUAUGCCAUCUUUUCAUGAAGAUGAUCAUCAUGUAUUUUCAGGUGCUCACAAUGCUUUUGCCCGCUUCCUGAUUUGCUGUCUCAAAUGCUGCUUCUGGUGCCUGGAACAUUUCAUCAAGUUCAUGAACAGGAAUGCCUACAUCAUGGUGAGUCUGGGUAGUUUCAGUCAAAAUAUCUUUCAAAACCAUCCAUCCAGUACCUUUGAGUCAUUUCAGUAGUUAGCACACCGAUUACUGUUGUGAUCAGGCUAUUUGAUAACCAUCUCACAGAAAGUGUUGGAAUCGUGAAUAACAUGGUCUUACUUUUUGAAUUUCUCACCCUAGAUUGCGAUAUAUGGAAAGAGCUUCUGCACUUCGGCCAAGGAUGCUUUCUUCCUGCUGAUGAGGAACGUAGUAAGGUAAGGCAAAGUCUUUGUAUCGGAUCGUUUGAUUGUCUGUCCCUCAGACAGUUUUUGUGUCUGUCUGUCUGUCUGACUGUCUGUCAUGGGUGGUGACUGUUUCUCUCUGGGCCUCUGGGCUUCUCCUCCAAUGAGUUGUCUCCUCUGUAGGGUGGCAGUGCUGGAUAAGGUGACAGACUUUCUGCUCCUCUUGGGAAAAGUGCUUAUUUCAGGGAGUGUUGGUGAGUUCCCUUUCCCACACACUGGUGAUAACCCUGUUGUAUGUUUAACUACGAGGGCUGAAGUUAAAAUUACUCAAUGCAUUAACAAGACUAAACAAACAACACAAACACGGGAAAAUAGUCCUCCAGAACCCUCGACAGAUGCGUUCUCUAUAAAGACAAUGUCCAUAGAUACUAUGUUACACCAAUUGUACAUUUGUCAGUGUAUGCUCAAGUUGUUAUUUUGUUAUUAAGGUGUCUGAUUUUUUUCCCCCAGGUGUUCUAGCAUUCUUCUUCUUCACCCGUAAGAUUCCAUUUAUUCAAGAGGAGGUGCCAUCACUAAAUUACUACUGGGUCCCCCUACUGGUAAGAAAUAGACUUACAUCAUAUGAGUCAGCAUUGCUUGUUAAUAAAUGCGCCCACCUACGUAGGUUCUGUUUGCUUCUAGCUGAGUUCGGCUAGGCAAAGCGACAUCUGUGCUCUCAUACUCCAUAAAGACUUUUGCUUGAAAAACUUGAAAAAAACUGCAAUAUUACUAUUGUUCGUCCCUUGUUGAGCCACCGUAGCAACAACAUAGCCAUAUUUACUUCCUCAAAAUAGUCUGAAUUAAUCUAAGAUAAAUCAAGAAAUCUGUCAUACAUUUUUUUGUUUUUGCCGAGGAGGUCUUAGUCGCACAAUUGUACAUCUAGCUAAGAUGUUUGGUGCAGUAUUUCUGAAGUGAAAAAAUGUGCAGGAAAACUAGUCAUCUCUCGUUGAAUGACAACAAACACUUCAUGUUCCCACUCCUACUAGGAGUAGUACUAUUGACUAUUGACCAAUCAACUUAACUUCGACUUGCCUCAAGAAAAAAUGUGUGCACGAACAGCUGAAAAAAAAAACGUACCGAAGACCAAAAAGAUAAAAAACGUCAUGAAAUGUAGUGAUAAUAUAUGCGCAAACUGUUUCGACUGGGAAGCCUAUGGUAAGCUUUAGUGUGCUUACUGACUUGGACUCUUCUGUCAUUGUCAGACGGUGAUAUUUGGAUCCUACCUGAUCGCCCAUGGCUUCUUCAACGUCUAUGCUAUGUGUGUGGACACCUUAUUCCUUUGUUUCUGUAAGUACACCAUUCAUCUCUUUAAAUACAGCCCAGGCUGGGGUGUGAGGGUGUUUAUAUGAUACACAGUGAGUACACUACAGGGUUUGUGUUGGAACUGACAGCAGCUUUGUGAGCGAAUUAAAUGGUUUUCCAUUAUUUCAUCAUGUGACUCUCUAUUAUAUAAUUAGCUAUGUAUGUUUUUUUGUGCAUAAGACAGAAAAAGGUUAUUGCGCUGGGUGAUUAUUUAUUUUUUACACUACUGUCAUUGUUUUGCUAAUUAAAUCAUUUCAUUUCUAUUGCAUGUUCUUGCAGUGAAGACUAUGAAAAUAUUAGAAUUGUAUAGGGCCUGUGCUUUAUGCAUUACAUGUGUCAAACCUUACCACCACUGCACACUAAUCACUGAACCAGAUGGCUAUAAUGCACUGACCAUUUUGGCUGACUGAAACCAAUAUCAACUUUUUUUCCUAAUUCCUUUCCCUGCUUGACUUUCUAAAUCGUUUGACUCUAACUCCUCUCUUUCUCUCUCUGCUUUCCUACCUACACAUUUUCUCCUCCUCCUCCUUGUCUCCUCCUCCUCCUCUCCUCCUCUUCUCAUCCUCCUCCUCCCCCUCCUUGUCUCCUCCUCCUCCUCUCCUCCUCCUCCUCCUCCGCCUCCUCGUCUCCUCCUCCUCCUCUUCUCCUCCUCCUCUGUGGCAAUGCUUCCUCUUCCGUUGGUCCUGGUUCAGGUGAAGACCUGGAGAGGAACGACGGCUCGCCCCUCAAGCCCUUCUACAUGUCCCCUCAACUGCACAGGAUCCUCCGCAGAGAGCAGGGCUCCAAGCUCUACGCUGCCUCC